AUGGAGUCGUUAUGCCCAAAUUUAGAAGGCAGUUUUGGAUUACGAUUACUCACAAAAUUUGAUCCUGUUAGACAUAUGCCAUGGCGGUAUGUUAUCCAGACAUUUGAUCAGCCAUCAUCGGAAGUACCAAGUAAUUUAUAUAUCUUUAUGAAUUUUGAAGUUUUUCGACUUUCGUCAUUUGAUUUUAGGAAAUUCCCAAAAGAUGACAGCAUUUUUGUUACCAACUUAGCGAAAUCUGGGUUUUAUUUCGAAAGUGAAACUGUGAAAAUCGUUUGCUUUGGAUGUCGACACACAUUUCAAGGGUCUCGUGACUGUUCACAGAGCUCCACUAACAGUUCUCACAGCUCACUAUGCCCUCGUCAUGUAUUCAACAAGCCUAUAGACCAGUGGAUCCAAGAUUUACCUUUAGAUGCCUUGACAGAUUAUUUCAUUUACAAUGGAAGCCUGACACCCUACCUAGAAGAAACACCUUCUUCCGUUGGACAGUCUUCUAGCAAUUUAACCCCCAAAAAUGUUCUUGAAACUAAACCGAUCUUGGAUUCGCCACAAACGUCGGCCAUGAGUUACAGCAGUGGGUAUCAAUCAGAAGAUAUUCUGUUUGUAGAACCAGAAAGAGAAACACACAGUGAUGUCCAGCUUCUAGUAACUGACUCCAGCUGUACAAAUCUCCUUCAGUUUGAGUAUCCCUCCUCCAUCAACCACUCGUACAGCUUACCAUCAAACCUCAACUAUAUAUCAGGAGUUGUUGUUUGCGAGGAAAGACCAGAACCAAAUGGAUCACACUCAGUUCUAACGUCUGCCGCUAAACAGCCGUUACUGUAUAAAAGUAAAAGUUCACACAACGCUGAAGGCACAAAUGAGGUCGCAGAAGAAGGAGCAGUGGGCGGUAUUCUUCCACUCAAUCUCGAUGCUGCAGCAUAUCCUCAUUUCUCUAUUGAGGCUGUCCGGAGGAAGUCUUUUACUGACUGGAGCCCUCAGCAUACACACAGACCUGAAGAUUUGGCUGUAGCCGGGUUUUUCUAUGCAGGCUACUCUGAUUGUGUCAGAUGUUUCUACUGUGGCUUGGGGCUGAAAUACUGGAGACCGGCAGAUAUCCCAGCCUACCAGCAUGCAAAGUACCGUCCGCGCUGUAGCUUCAACAUCUUGUACAAAGGACAGGAUUAUAUAGACAGGGUGCAACAGGAAUUACGUUCGGAGCAGGAAGCUACUAACAUAGUGGAAACUCAAACUGCACCCCAGCAGUCACUAGGAAGAGAGCAGACAACACUUACUGCUCAGGCAGCAGUGGACCCUCAAGAGUCGGAUUAUUUGAGCUCUGAAGCAGCGCAAGAAGCUUUGGCAAAUGGCUGGACCAGGGAUCAAGUUGGCCAGGCUGUCAGCCACAUAGUCCGUGUCUAUGGGGAGAGCUGCCUAGGAAUCGAACUCCUCACAGACAUACUUAUACAUUUCAACACCAGUGACGAGCUCAACCAGGGUCUGCCUUGUAAUAGCCCAGCAAGCAGCCACGCCUCUGAAAUGAACUCAUCUGUUUCACAAGUGACCACUUCAUACCCAAGCAGUGCCCAGCUUGUUGAUGCUUUGGCCAGUGGUGAAAAUGGACAAGAAAGACCUGAAGGUAACCACAGAACACAAGAAGAGGCCACACUUGUAAGGACACCUCAUAGUGAGCAGCCAGAGGUUCGAGUCCCCGACUUCAGGGACAUCCUCACAUCUGUAGAAAGGGAGCAUUCUCUCCUAGAGGAACGUGUCACGUGUCGAGUCUGCAAAUCAAGACCAGUGAGCUGUAUUUACCUCCCCUGUGGUCACGUCAUCGCAUGCCAAGAAUGCGCAGAAAGUGCCACACACUGCGUGUUCUGUAGGAAGGUCAUUAUUGGUACUGCAAAUGUAUUUCUUGCUUGA